GGUGGGCUUCGGAUUCAGUCCCCGCCCCCCUCCUCCUCUCUCCAGGAACAAGGGAGAGAACGAAAAACCUACUGGUUUUGGGCUAACUCCUUUCUCUUUUUUGCUAAAUAUUAGCCUAACGCAGAAUAUUAGCGGAGGAAUUAGCGGUUGCCAAGGGCGACGCAGCGGGGCCGAUGACAUUAUGCCUUCGGAGAAGACGUUCAAACAAAGGCGAACCUUCGAGCAGCGGGUGGAAGACGUCAGGCUGAUCCGGGAACAGCACCCCAACAAGAUCCCGGUGAUCAUCGAGCGCUACAAAGGGGAGAAGCAGCUGCCGAUCCUGGACAAGAGCAAGUUCCUGGUUCCUGACCACGUUAGCAUGAGCGAGCUGAUCAAGAUCAUCCGGCGGCGCCUGCAGCUGAGCCCCAACCAGGCCUUCUUCCUGCUGGUGAGCGGCCGCAGCAUGGUGUCGGCGUCGGCCGCCGUCGCCGAGGUGUACGCCCGCGAGCGCGACGACGACGGCUUCCUCUACAUGCUCUACGCCUCGCAGGAGACCUUCGGCACCGGCGCCGCCCUCUGACCCCGACGGCCACGCCCCCGCUCCGCUGACCACGCCCCCCCACCGCCGACCUUCCGGCCAAUCGGACGAGGAGCCCGCCCCCCCGCCCUGCUCCGCCCCGUUAUCUGAGAAG